AUGGGGCACAUGUUCGCAAGUGAAUAUCUAAGUUUCAUAAAGAGGACGCAUCUCUGUGUGACUUUUUACCCCAAUAAUUUGGUUUUGUUCUACACGAGGUCUCUCACUGCUUGAAAAAUCAAUUGAACCAAUUGUUUGAAACCUACAGGAGAACACAUGAUAAUUGUGACUGUCCCUGCGUAUGUAAGCGGCAAUGCUGGAAGAAUUAGAAGAGCUGACGGGUCCUGGAAAGGAAAGGGUGCAUGUGUCACUCUCUGGUAUCCAGACAGCCAAGAGCAAAAAGCAAAGAAGUGGCCCAGCAGUCAACGUCCUUGUGAAUCCAAGAUUUCUAAUCUAUGUUAGCUGUGCUCUUUCAAUCUGGGGGGAACGCAUGUGGCAUUUUGCCAUCUCUGUCUUCCUAAUUGAACUCUAUGGACAUAACUUGCUUCUGACGGCUGUUUUUGGCUUAGUGGUAGCUGGCUCAGUGUUGCUAUUUGGAGCGUUCAUUGGUGACUGGAUUGAUAGGAAACCAAGGAAUAAAGUUGCUCAUGCAUCUCUGUUUAUCCAGAAUUCCUCAGUUACUGCCUGCUGUAUAGUCCUGAUGCUGGUGUUCUCUUAUAAAACAGAGAUAGAACAUAUAUGGCAUGGAUGGCUCACAGUAUUCUGUUAUGCAGUGGUAAUUAUCUUAGCUGAUUUAGCAAACCUUGCAAGCACAGCGCUGACCAUAACCAUACAAAAAGACUGGAUUGUGGUCAUUACAGGAGAGAACAGAAGUCACCUCGCUGGUAUGAAUGCAACUGUACGAAGAAUGGACCAGAUCAUUAACAUCUUUGCUCCGUUAUCAGUGGGUCAAGUCAUGACCUGGGCCUCCAAUGUAGUUGGCUGUGGCUUCAUUCUUGGCUGGAACCUAAUAUCCCUGCUUGUGGAAUUCAUUUUCCUCUCCAAGGUUUAUCAAAUGGUACCUGAGCUAGCUAUAAAACCCCAGCGGCCUGUUGGAGAGCAUUACAUAGAAAGACAACUGGAACUUUUAAAUGUGCAAGGUGACCUUCCUAUCUGUUCAGCUGCAGGCGACUUCACUAUUGCACCAUCAAUACCGAGAGAUUCACUUGAUGAGCCACCAAAGAAUACAGAUCCAAUACCGGAGCAUUCCUCAGCAAUGUGUGCUUGCCUACUAAAAGUGCGCAGAAUGUUGCAUAUCUGCACCGAUGGCUGGAAAUCCUACUACCGACAGUCGGUUUUCUUAGCGGGUUUGGGACUGGCAUUUUUAUACACAACAGUCCUAGGCUUUGACUGUAUAACUACAGGUUACGCCUAUACUCAGGGGAUCAGUGGCUCCUUACUUAGCAUUCUCAUGGCAGUAUCAGCUAUCUCAGGACUAAUGGGCACAUUUCUGUUUACGUGGCUAAGGAGACAUUAUGGCUUAGUAGUCACAGGAAUUAUUUCUAGUUGCCUUCAUGUCUGUUGCUUAAUGCUUUGUGUAUUUUCAGUCUUUGCUCCGGGAAGUCCCUUCGAAUUGAGCAUUUUUUCUGCUAUCAUGGGUGUUAACUCCUCUGUAAACAUGGAUCAGCUAGAACAGAGCCAGCUGCAUUUUUUUCCCCCACAUGGGAAUAUAAACCAGCCCAUCCUUCCAGAUCGCUCUUCUAUACACUGGACCAACAACACUGUUCUGUUAGAGAACAUACGAACUGGAGAUCAACCCAAUUCCUAUAUCUCCAUCAUUUUGCUCUUCUCAGGGGUGAUAUUAGCAAGAAUCGGCCUUUGGUCCUUUGAUCUGACAGUGACUCAGCUUCUUCAGGAGAAUAUUCCAGAAUCAGAACGUGGGGUUGUAAAUGGCGUUCAAAGCUCCAUGAAUUAUCUGAUGGACCUUGUUCAUUUCAUUAUGGUCAUUUUAGCUCCACAACCCCAACAGUUUGGACUUCUAGUUAUAAUCUCUAUGCUCUUUGUAAUUGCUGGACACACCAUGUAUUUUUUUUACACCAGAAAAUAUGGAGCAAAGGGGAAGCAAUAGAUGAAUGCUUGUUCUUGCCAGCCUUUGGAUCAUUCAUUUUAAAAGAACUAAUGCUGUUUGUAGUAUCAGUUUCAUAGCACGAUGUUUAGCAUGCAGUGUAAUAUAACCAUAGCUUGCCUGUCCAAUAUUCAUAAACUUUCUUUUUUAUCAUUAUUUUAUACACAAUCCACCUUGUUCCAUAUACAGUUCCUAUUCAGGUCAUGAAAAAUAAACCAUUCAUCAGCCAAA